AUAGGGAAGUUUGCAGAGCGCAGUUGUUCCCUGUUCAGUCCGGCGUAUUGUUUGCAAAUACUGCGAACGCGAGCGAGAUAAGCAGAAGACGUGAAGGGGGCCGCUGACGGACGGACGCACGCUCGUCUCCUGCCGCCGCUGCCGAAAACAAUCCGCAUUUCCGUUUGCAUCGCGGGGGAUCGCUUUUUCCUGCCCGAGAGAGCAUUGAAGUGCAGCCAAACGGGUUCUUUUUUAACAAGUUCUGGGAAAAUGGAUGUCCUCCCCAUGUGCAGCAUCUUUCAAGAACUUCAAAUAGUUCACGACACGGGGUAUUUCUCGGCCUUACCGUCACUGGAGGAGUACUGGCAGCAGACGUGCUUGGAGCUGGAACGUUACCUGCAGAGCGAGCCUUACGUCUCCACGUCUGACCUCAAGUUCGAGGGCCAGGAGGACCUCUGGAGCAAGUUGAUCUUGGCCUGCGGGGAUAAAGCCAAGGCCGAGUGUGACCCGACACUGGCGCCGGCCCACGACGAGGACAAUCAGGACAGCCAAAUCUUGGACAGCAACAGUGUGACUUCAGAUGCCAGCAGCGAGGCUUCAGACAGUUCUGAGGAGCUCUCACCCAUGCACAGCUUUACCUCCAACCCUCUGGGCUCUGUCUUGGUCGGCUCUGGACCUUUUAGCCCCUCCAUCAUUAGCACCCCCCCCUCCUCUCCGGAGGCCAGCUCGGAGCCUGGUAGCGUGACGAGUGGCUGGGUGGCGGCGCAUGAGUUGCACUCGCCAGUCAAGAACAGGAGCAACGGGGUGGUGAAGGCCCUGGGGAAGGCCGGACUUGUCUGUGGGGACGCGUCAAUCGAUGGCAGGAGGCGAGUACACAGAUGUCACUUCAACGGGUGUCGCAAGGUUUACACAAAGAGCUCACACCUGAAAGCACACCAGCGUACUCACACAGGCGAGAAGCCGUACAGGUGUUCGUGGGAGGGCUGCGAGUGGCGCUUUGCACGAAGUGACGAGUUAACCAGACACUUCAGGAAGCACACUGGGGCAAAGCCAUUCAAAUGCAGUCACUGUGACAGAUGUUUCUCCAGGUCUGACCAUCUGGCUCUUCACAUGAAGAGGCACAUCUAGAGGAGGGGCGAGUCCCAUCCCAGCAGGUUAUCGCGACCUUUUUGUUUUGUUUUUUUAAUGUUUUUUAAAAGGAGAAACAAAAACACGAUCUCCCGACCAUUCUCUCGGUUGAACUGUCCCAGAGCAAAGUGGCGGGAGUGUGUUCCAGCCAAAGCAUGCCGUUUUGCACCAUACUGAAUCCCAGUGCCUCCGGGACCUCCCUUUGGAGAAAGGCGCUUUGAAGGUUGUCUGUUGCAACGAGGACAAAAUGAUGGAUUGGGAAGAUUUUCUUUUUUCUUUUUUUUGGAUUAGAGAAGGACACACGCAAAAGAAACCUGAUAAAGACAAACGGAGUGAAUGUUGGGGAUGUGUGGUGCAUGAUGUAUGGGGCCAGCCUCCAGACAGCAGAUACACUGGUACUUUACAAAUCUGUCUGAGGUAAGCAUGUGUGCACUGUGAAUGUCUGUGAUUGGCCCACUGGUCCCCAGGAGAGUAAAAGAAAAAGUGACAGACAGGACAGAUCGAUGGUGGAUGGUGCGGGGCCGGUACCAAUGUUGCUGAAGGUGGGAAACAUUCUGCUUGUGUUUCCUUGGUGACGCUGUGAGGAAGCUCCUGCCUUUCUGUCUGGCACCCAAACUGAGAAGGGGGGGGGGGGGUCUCUAAAGCUUUUGAGACCUCAGGUUUUACCAGAGUUAGAUGCAUCAACGACUGGUCUGUGGCCCCAGGGAUCGAAGCUGUGUCCACCCCUUUUUGGUCAUCGUGUGACAGGAGCUGAUUUUAGUGAUUUUGGUGCAGCUACUAAAUGUGCAAUGUGUUCUGUAGCCUGGUUUAUUUUUUUACAAGCUACAAAGCUCAUUUGUAGUCUAAUUGUAUAAGCUGUGUGCUUAGAGGUAUAACACAACUAUACUAUAACUUCAGUAUCAUAGACAGGUGUUGCAUGGUUCUAGGGUUUGUUCAUUUCCUGUUUCCACUGGAAUCAGGACUGCAAAUAGUUUCAAUAAAAGUGCAGCUAAAAAUGCGAACAGUUAAAUGUUACAAUACUGUACAUAAAGCCUUGAUGAUUUUCUCUUUUUACAACUUCAUCACUUUCCUUCAUUGGUGUUUCCUCAUCUGGCUGGAGAUAUCACCACUGCUUGCUACACGUUUCACUCAUCCUAUGCCUUGAGGACUAAUUUGGGAUUUUUUGUACAUUCGUUUUUCUAUCUAAUAAUGCACUGUUGACCUAAAUGGUGCCUUAUGCAAGUGACUCAGCCCUGAAGGUAGCGGAGGUCCUCGGGAAGUCACGUUUGUCGUAUGGGUGAUUCGACGAGCUCUAUCCAGGCUCAAUUACAAAUAAACCCGCACUUGAGCUCUUUCAGUUGAAUUCGACAGGUAAUUGUGUUGUUUAAAUGUAAAUGUACCUUCCUCUGUCAGUACAACCUGUUUGUUUCGUAUGUGUCACACUAAAUGGAGUCAGAGCAUGUAAAUAAGAACAAGUUAUGUUAUUUUGAGCACUUAAACCUAUUAAUUAAAGAUGUUGACUACUAUUUUACACAAGUCCAUCACACUUGUACAAAACAAGCAGCUAGGUUAGACAGACUGCUCCUUUUUACCACCUCCAUGAACUCCACUCCACACCCCCCCUUUUCAUCUGACUCCCCAUAUCUCCAGUGUGACUGAAGAAAAAGCUAAAGAUUUAUUGUAAUUAACAGGCUGCAGUUGGACAGGCCUCGCCUUGUACUGCCGCCCAGUAAUGAAUUGCUAAAGGCUUUGUUGGCAUGGAAUCUGUCACAGACUGCUGACUGUGUGGGUUGGUUAUUGACCUGUCUAGAGAAUGUGUUGUUUUAGCCAAGCUGCAACAGUAUUAUGAAAACCAUAGACAAGAGGCCGGCCGGGUGACUGCAUGCGAGCUCUCCUCCGGAGGUGAUGGAUGACAAUUGAUCCUCCACAAUAGGCAAAGCCCAAAGCAGUUGUAGGGAUAUCAAGCAUAUUAGUGGAGCCUCAGGUUGGAGCGUCGCCCCCGACCCCGCGUCCAGCGACCCUGUGCAGGAAUUCACUGUUGCAGCAGGGCACAUGCAAACGGCUCGCUGUGAUACUUCAGGGGUGAAAACUCUGUUUGAGUGGUAAUUGAGCCUCGAUGUAGCCUUUUGUUCUGCAUCUUUUACGCUUUCCAUCUACAUUUUCAUCUCACUACUCUGACUCUGUCUUUCUCACACACAGCUUUUUGUUCUUAACUGAAUUUUUGUAUGGAAAAAAAAUACAAAUUUUGUAAAAUUAUGUUUAUGCUUUAUGAAAUUUUUAUUUGAAAUUCUUUUGCAAAAUUGUUAUAUUUCUGUAUGAAUGUAUUUUUUAUUGGAAUAAUAAGAAAUUCUUAUCUGA